AUGUCGGGUGAACUUGCCAGUAUUCUCACAUCGCACAAUUUGCCCAGUCGACGCAAUCUGUCCAACGGUGCGCAUUCCAACGGACUGACAGAUGGCAGCCACAUUGGUGAUGGUAGUCAGCACGGCGCGGAGGUGACGUCACGUGACCGGUGGUGCGACUUCCAGCUGCGUGGCGGCGUGCGGGCAUGGAAUGACGCGCCGGGGGCUGAAAGCCAAUCCGCUCACGAGUUUUCCGUCUCCAUUGUAGCGACGCGAAACGGACCAACGGGAGAACAGGAGGAACAGGACAAGGAUAUAUAA